CGCUCAGUCCCGUCCUCCGCCGCGCUACAACUUACGAUGGUGAAAAUGAAGUGCUUCGCAAUGUGUGCGGCUUUGGCUUUAACAUGUUUUAUGAUUGCCGUGGAUGCAGCCGAAUUUGAUAUGAAAAACGAAAUAAAGGCGAUGGCGGAGCAGAUCGAGAUUUUGAAAACUUUGCACCUAACAGACGUUACGCGGCUCAAGCGUGAAAUUGAAGAACUGAAGGAAAUAUCAUCGGCUUCCGCAACGGGUAGCCAGUUACAGAAUGAGCAGACGACUCUCCAGUGGGCGCGCGCCUCGCUGCAGGAGCUGCGCGGGCAGCUGCGCGAGCUGCGCGCGCAGCUCGACAACUCCGCGCUGCUGCGCCAACUGCACGUCAUGCGGAAUGAGCUGAAGCAAGCGUUGAUGGAGACUUCGGACUUGGGUCAGAUGGCGCGCACGCAGGAGGCGCGCGUGGACAAGUUGGACGGCGCGGUGGGCCGCCUGCAGUACGAGGCGCGGCAGGCGCGCGACGCCCGCGCCGAGCACCGGGCGCUCAUCGCCGACCUGUCUAAGGAGAUCAAAACUAAUCAGCUAGAAGAACUAAGCACCGCCAAUUACAACGACGUGUACGACAUCCACGAAGUGAAGGACGGCGAGCCAAGGCCGGCGCACAGCCACAAGUACCGGCACAACAAGAUGGUGCACGCGCAGAUCUCGCGCGUGGCGCGCGCGCAGGACCAGCUCGAACAGUUCCAGCAGGGCCUGCAGACGCAGCUACUCGACGUGCAGCGCCGCCUCGACCGCUUCGAGGAACCCAACUGGAACCUCCUCUCGGCCAAAGUCGAAUUCCUAGAACUCGAUACUAAAAACCUCAGAGAUGAACUUAAAAACAUCACCCAGAGCGUAUCCGAUUUUGACAAAGUACACGCAUCGAUGUUGGAAUUGCGCGAGGAUGUUGAGAGCAUCGAGAAUAAGGCUGAUAAAACUAUCCCGGAAUUCAGGAAGGAGAUUUCGAAACUGGACAUUAGUUUUGCUCAGCUUACCGCCCAGUCUUCGUAUCUUAAAGAGGACCAGGAGAACCUGCGCCAGUCGGUGAAGGCGAUCGCCGUGAGCGUCAGCAACGCCGUGGACCGCGCCGAGCUCGACCGCGUGCUCAUCAAGCGCAUCAACGACUCCGUCGCGGACCUCACCACCAGGUCCAAGGAACAUUUCUACAGACUGAACGAUCAUAUUCUUAAGAGCGAAGCCAUUCAAGACAUCAAUGUAACCGAGAUCAUUCCGCUGCCCGAACUGAUGGGAGAGGUCAAAGAGCUACAGCCCGUUCAGCGAGAAUACGAAGACUUAGUAAGCCAACUGCCGAAAGACUGCUCGAGUGUAUCGGGCCCCCCCGGCACCUACCUUAUCCGCCCGGGCAGCGUGCCUCUUGACACGUGGUGUGUCAACGGGAGCACUCUGUUGCAGCGGCGAUACAACGGUUCGAUUGAAUUCAACAGAAAAUUCGCAGAGUACGCUCACGGUUUCGGAGACCCGACUUCUGAAUACUGGCUCGGACUUCAAUCCAUGCACCUGCUGACGGCCGAUAAUUGUUCCUCUAUGAGAAUCGACAUGAUCGAUAUCUACGGAGGGUUCUGGUAUGCCCAGUACGAUCACUUCUCGGUGGGCAGCGCCGACACGGGUUACGUAUUGAACGUGAGCGGAUUCAAGGGCAACGCGAGUGACGCCUUCGAGUACCAGAACCACAUGGAGUUCUCGGCCGUCGAUCGCGACCGCGACAUCUCGAACACGCACUGCGCCGGCAACUACGAGGGCGGCUGGUGGUUCUCGCACUGCCAGCACGUCAACAUCAACGGCAAGUACACGCUGGGCCUCACGUGGUUCGACUCCUCGCGCAACGAGUGGAUCGCUGUCGCCUCCACCGAGAUGCGGAUGUACCGCCGGCCCGGCUGUACUUAGGCACGCAACGCCCUCUCAAUCAUAAAUUAUAUUCAUAUUAUUGUUAGACUAGUAAAAAUCGCUAUGAUCGAUAUUGUUUAUAAUAAUUUAAUUGUUACCAAAGAUAGCGCUAGUAGGAAAACAAUGGCACUUACUUAAUUUUCUUUCUAUCCUUCUUUUCAUGUGUUAUAAGAAUAGGUAUAUAAAUGUAACUCCGAUUAGAUAUUUCCUUUGUCAGUAUCUGUAAAAUUUAAGGUAAACAUUCUAUAUUGACAUUAGCUUUCAGAAUAUUAUUUAGUGAAAGCGGCAUGAUACUUAAUAAGCCCAAACAUAAUAAUCCCUUAAUAGUAUCUCAAAAACCGUCUCAUUUAUUUAUGAAAGGUUAACUU